CGCACAAUAGAAAACAUGCCCAGCUGUGGCGCCGCAGCUAGAGAUGCUGCGACAGGUCGUUCUUUCGCGCCUAUACGCAAGGCUUGGAGGUCCUGCUGUCUCUGCAGCGAGCGGUGGUCGCAGGGAGGUCGCUUCCAGUGUUCCUCCUUCGGGCAGCACCUCGCCCAGAGCUCUAAACAUCUUCGACAGGGAAUUGAAGAGGAAGCAGAAGAAUUGGGCUGCCCGGCAGCCCGAGCCCAUGAAAUUUGACUACCUGAAGGAGGAGAUUGGAAGUCAGAUUGCAGACCGUGUAUACGACAUAGCCAGAGAUUUUCCCCUUGCACUGGACAUAGGAUGUGGAAGAGGCUACAUAGCACAACAUUUGAAUAAGGACACUGUGGGAAAGAUCUUCCAAACAGACAUUGCAGAACAUGCUUUGAAAAAUUCCGUAGAAACAGAUAUUCCUACUGUGAAUAUUUUAGCUGAUGAAGAAUUCCUUCCCUUCCCAGAAAACACGUUUGACCUGGUGGUUAGCAGCUUAAGUUUGCACUGGGUGAAUGACCUCCCUAGAGCACUUGAACAGAUUCAUUAUGUCUUAAAACCAGAUGGAGUGUUUGUUGGUGCAAUGUUUGGAGGUGACACGCUCUAUGAACUCCGGUGUUCAUUACAGUUAGCAGAGACAGAAAGGGAAGGAGGCUUUUCCCCACACAUUUCUCCUUUCACUGCUGUCAAUGACCUAGGGCAUCUGCUGGGAAGAGCUGGCUUCAACACUCUGACUGUGGAUACUGAUGAAAUUCAAGUUAACUAUCCUGGAAUGUUUGAAUUGAUGGAAGAUUUAAAAGGAAUGGGUGAGAGCAACUGUUCUUGGAACAGAAAAGCCCUGCUGCACCGAGACACAAUGCUGGCAGCUGCGGCGGUGUACAGAGAAAUGUACAGCAAUGAGGAUGGUUCCAUUCCUGCCACAUAUCAGAUCUACCAUAUGAUAGGAUGGAAAUACCAUGACUCUCAGGCAAGGCCAGCUGAAAGAGGUUCGGCAACCGUGUCAUUUGGAGAUCUAGCAAAACUAAAUAAUACCAUGUCACAGGGGAAAAAAUAAUAAACAUUUGAUUCAAUUGUAA